AGAAAUUAAAAUAAUGGUUCACAACGAUGCGCGAUACUGUGAAUGGGAUGAAAAAAAAUGUGCUGAACACACAGAUAUUUCGGCUUAUCUCUACUCGUUUCCUACUUUAAAAUUACAAUGACCUAACUUCUAUUCAAAGCCCAGGGUAGCGCGAUUGGUGUGUCAGGACCGUAGAUAAACCGAAAGUUGAUUUUGAGUCCUUUUCUUAUUUUGUUCGAGAGGGAUUUUCUUUUACUUUGGAAGUUAUGUUCCUUAUGUGAGGGUCCACAGAGUCUUUUCAUGAUGGCAUCUAGAGAUGAAGCCCAGCAUGUGGUGGAAUGUGAUCUGUGUCAGCAACCAGUCUCGUUUUUCUGCAGACGAUGUGGGGUCAAUCUCUGUGACCCCUGUGUCCUUAUACACCUACGCGUGAAAUCUAAAAACGGCCAUGACAUUGUAGAUUACACCAGCAAGGAUGAUAACGACACAUGUCACUGUGAUUCCCAUCCCCAAAACGAUUGUUCCGCAUACUGCAAAAUUUGCGAAACUCCAAUAUGCAUGCUUUGCGUUUCUAUCAAACACAAAUCGCAUGAAAUGUCCGAGCUGUCCGAUAAAAUUGAGGAACUUUUAAAAGUGAUUGCUACAGAAAAUAAUCGACUUCAGUCAUUCAAACAUGAAUUAGAAAGAAUUCUGGAUCACACGACGAAGCUGUUGUCCGCAAUACCCUCGGUUUACCAACUGAGGAAAGACGAAGUUACAGCAUGGGGAGAAGAGUGGCACAAACAGAUCGAGGAGAUCGUGAAGAAACUUCAUCAGGAACUGGAUGACAUGCAAAAGGAACACGAUACUGUACUACAGAAACAACAGGAAAAGUUUGAGGAAAUGAUUGGGAAAGUAGAUGAAAUGAAUGGGAAAGCAAUAAAAUUACAGAAAUCAAAGAAUGUCAAAGAAAUGCAGAGUUUUCUACCAGUGAUUCAGAAGCAGGAGAGAUUAAGUGAGGUCUCUCAAUAUUCGUUUCCGAAAUUAUAUGAAUAUAAAAUAGAUGAAUAUUUGGAAAAUAAUUUAAAAAAAAUUAAGUUAUUGAGUAGAAGUAUAUUAGAGGCACCAACAGUUACUUUUGUUAUAGACACUGGGUUCCCUGCUGAUAAAAAGAAAAACCGUUUGUUUGACAUGGCAGUUACUGACGAUAACAAAGUGUGGAUGGGAGGAGCAAGCAAUGAACUGAAGUUGUUUGACCUCCAGGGACACCUCCACCACACCGUCAGGAUUACUGUCAAAGGCUUGUACUUAUGUAUGUACAACAAACAAGUGGUAUACAGUGAACGAUUAAAUAAAUCCGUGAGAAUGAUAUCUGACACCGACACUGUGGUGACGAUGUUCACUACCGGGGCCUGGAAGCCAUACGGCGUCACAAGCGCCGCGUCCGGUGAUCUACUGAUCUGUCUCCGUAAAGACGAUCAGUCCAAAGUCGUCCGAUACAGCAGUACCGGUACCGUGCUCCAGGAAAUCCAGUACGACUCGCAGUGUCAACCUCUGUACAAAGGCGCGACUUAUAUCACUGAGAAUGUCAACGGGGACAUCAUUGUAAAUGACUGGGGGAAAGAGGCCGUCAUUGCUGUCGAUAGAUUGGGUAUAUUCCGGUACUCGUACUCGGGUGGUAAAUAUUCUGCUGUAACCACCGAUUCCGCCGGUCAUGUCAUUGUUCCAGAAUUUCUCGAUAGCAAGAUUCACAUGCUGGACAGAGGCGGGCGAUUCCUGAGGUACAUCAUUCCUGAAGAAGGAGUAAAAAGACCACGCGCCGUGUGUAUCCUUGGUCACGGUGAGAUGAUGGUGGGAGAGUGUCUGACGGGAAUCGCCAAAAGAAUCAAAUACUUUGAAGAAUAAAGAUACAUUAUUUUUAUUAAUCAGUUUUAAAAUGGAAAUGGCUAUUGGAUACUUACAAACAAAUAGAGACAAAUCGUUUAAUGAUUUAAAGUUGCACUGAAAUAAACCAUAAUCAACUGGCUGUAAGAUGUCAGAAUGUACCUACUGUCUGUACGCGGUAUACAAGUAUCUUCUAGAUUGAAAUGUUGUGUGAUUCAAUAUUCCUAUUUCUAUGUUACCUUUUAUUAUUUUCUGCAUACAAAUUUUGUAUACAAUAACCCAAACUGAGUCAGUAAAAAUGUCUCAUGUAAAUCA